AUGUCGGGACUCGACGUGGAGGCUCUUCUCGAGUCAACCGCUGCCCCCACUGAGGCACCAAUCAAGCAGGAAGAUAAUGACAACCGCUCCCAUGCUGACACUUCUGACCGCCGUGAUCGCGAUCGUUCUCGUGAUAGACGCAGACGCCGAGACCGUAGUCGCGACCGUCGCCGUGACCGAGAUGUGGACGGCGAUGAGGAGAUGAAAAGCCCACACAGCGAACACGGCAGUGCUAACGGAAGCCAUAGAAGCCGGAAGAGGAGCCGGAGUCGUGAGAGUGACCGACGUCGCCCUCGCCGUGAUCGUUACGAUGAGCGUCGCUCUAGCGGCGACUUCUACCGUGGAGGGCGCGCUCGUUCACGCUCACCCCAUGAUGAUCGGCACUACCGCCCUUCCCGACGAGAACGUGAGGAUGAACGGCGCCCUCGCCGUGAUCGCGACGCUCGUCGCAACACUCCUCGCCGGAGUCCCAGCAAGUCACCCGAACCCAAUGAGGAUGAGCGGGACAAGCGGACUAUCUUUGUGCAGCAGCUUGCCGCGCGCCUACGGACUAAAGAGCUGAUGGCCUUCUUUGAAAAGGUUGGCCCUGUUAAGGAGGCUCAAAUCGUUAAGGACCGCGUCAGCGGACGAUCCAAAGGUGUCGGCUAUGUGGAAUUCAAAAGCGAAGAUUCCGUCCCCGGCGCAAUUCAACUCACAGGCCAGAAACUCCUAGGCAUUCCUAUUAUCGCGCAGUUGACCGAGGCCGAGAAGAAUCGCCAAGCCCGUAAUCCGGAGGCCAGUUCAGGCCCUCAGCACUCAGCACCAUUUCACAGACUCUAUGUGGGUAACGUUCAUUUCAGCAUCACUGAGAAUGAUCUCCAGAAUGUCUUCGAACCGUUUGGCGAACUCGAGUUUGUGCAGUUGCAGAAGGAUGAGACCAGUCGAAGCAAAGGUUAUGCGUUUGUCCAGUUCCGUGAUCCCAACCAAGCCCGUGACGCUCUAGAGAAAAUGAACGGAUUUGAUCUUGCUGGUCGAGCCAUUCGUGUUGGCCUUGGCAAUGAUAAGUUCACCCCGGAUUCGAGCUCAACUCGCCCACAGGGCCCUUCUGCCAGUCAAACAAAUUUCCAGGGUUCUUCCUUCUCCGGUCAUGGAGGCCGCGGCGUCCAAGCCGGCGGCUCGAACAACUUCGAUCGUGCGGGUGGCCGUGAAUCCGAAAAAGGCACCGGUGCCAGUGCCCUUGACGACACAGACGUUGCGGGAGUAAACUUCAACAACUACAGUAGGGACGCGUUGAUGAGGAAACUUGCACGAACAGAUGAACCCGAGCCUUCCGCCGACGAACAGCAGAAGGUGCUUCGACCCAAGACCGAGACUAGGCCAUUGCCCGUCAACGUGAACAUGGCGAGUCGGUGCGUGAUGCUUCGGAACAUGUUUGAUGCCGCUGAAGAAGAAGGAGAGGCCUGGAUCAAAGAAUUGGAGGAUGACGUCCGCUCCGAAUGCGAAGAAAAAUAUGGUCACGUUGUUCACAUCUCGCUAGAUCCGAGCUCUCAAGGCGACAUCUAUCUGAAGUUCGACCGCGUUCAAGGCGGCGAGAACGCCAUCAAAGGCCUAAAUGGUCGUUUCUUCGGUGGCAGGACGAUCACUGCCCAACCGGUCGUGGACGCCGUUUACAGCAGUUUGUUUUCGCGCACCAAGGCGAUCUAA